GUCCUCGGGAGCUUCAGUAUUUAUCAAGAGUUUGGGUAGAACGCCUACCAUGGAGCCUCCAUCCACUCAGAAACCUGAAACCCUCAGUCUCCUUGACGCCAGCAUUUCUGAGCUUCAACAAGCCCUGAGCUCAGGAUGGAUCACAAGCGUCGAAUUAGUCGCACGCUAUCUCCGACGCAUUAGCGUUUACGAUGCAGCUGGACUCAAACUUAGCGCCAUUCCCAUUCUCAAUGCUGCUGUCUUCGAAGAAGCAGCAGCUUCCGAUGCUCGACGUGCAGCUGGUCUUCCAGUGAGGCGUCUCGAGGGUAUUCCCUACCUUGUUAAAGAUAACAUCAAGGUCAAGGGCAUGACCGUUGCCAGCGGCUGUCCAGCUUUCGAAAACCUCGUCGCCACAGACGAUGCCGCAUGUGUGCAAAGCCUGCGGGAAUCAGGGGCCGUUCUUCUAGGCAGAACCAAUAUGCCGGCCAUGGCCUAUGGAGGCAUGCAGCGUGGGUCGUAUGGAAGAGCCGAAAGUCCAUACAACAUGGAGUACUUGACAGCGGGAUAUGCCUCCGGUUCGUCGAAUGGAUCUGCCACAGCCACCACGGCCAACUUUUGUGCUUUCAGUUUGGGGACCGAGACUGUUUCCUCGGGCAGAUCCCCGGCCUCUAAUAAUGCAAUCAUUGCAUACACGCCGUCAAGAGGGCUCUUACCGCUCCGAGGAAUAUGGCCCUUAUACCCAACAUGUGACGUACUAGUGCCUCACACCCGCACCAUGUCCGAUUUGUUCCAAGUUCUCGAUGUUCUUGCGGUGGUCGAUAAAACACCCUCAGGAGAUUACUGGAACGAGCAGAAAAUCAUCCCUUUGCCUUCCGUCGACACCAUCCGACCCCGACUAUUCAAGGAGUUAGAGGACCCAACCUCCCUUCAUGGAAAACGGCUAGGCGUACCGUCGAUGUACAUCGGCGGCAAAGACAUCCUCCCCGAUAAAGUGUGCACCAGACCUUCUGUGCUCAAGCUCUGGAAGACGACAAAGGCAGCGUUGGAGUCAUGCGGCGCGACAGUGGUGGAAGUCGAUUUCCCACUAGUCACGACAUAUGAAGCCAAAGCAAGCGAGGGGCAACUCGUGAACGUGAAAGAUCUCCCUGAGGACUGGCCAUCAAUGGAAAGAUGUCAAGUGGUUGCACACAUCUGGGAUGACUUUUUAUCCUACAACAACCAGCCUGGUCUGCAUUCCUUGUCGUGUGUCGACCCAGACACAAUCUUCCCGCUCGCGCCAGGCUCGCUCCGAGGGACACCCGACGCAGCCAACCAACUCAGAUGGCACGAGAUGGUCGAGUAUCCUAAGACCAAAACCGGUUCUAUUUAUGACAUCCCCGGAACAGUACAAGGGUUGAAGGCCCUUGAAAACGCUCGAAAAGAAACACUAGAGCAAUGGAUGGACCUCCAUGGUCUGGAUGCUGUGGUGUUCCCCGCAAACGGUGAUGUCGGGAGUGCUCGUGCAGACGUGGAUCCUGAAGCUUCUCAGUAUGCUUGGCGGAACGGGGUUAAAUAUUCCAAUGGAAAUAGAGAGAUUCGACAUCUUGGUGUUCCGACUGUUUCCGUUCCGAUGGGGUUGAUGGAGGAUACGGGAAUGGCAGUAAAUCUGACGUUCGCUGGUAAAGGGUACGACGACAAAAGUCUUCUUCGAUAUGCGUAUGCUUUCGAGGAGAUGACGAAAAGUCGAGUGCUACCACCGCUUGUGCCGCAGUUGGAUUCGGAUCUUAUAUAUGCGAGAAAUAAAGAUUCCAUACCAAGCGAGGUGCAACCAGCAAUGCCUCGCGUUGAGGUCACUAAACAGGCUAAGCAUGUUUCAGAUGAGACAGUCCGUCUCGAGAUUGAAGGAUAUCUGCAACUCGAUGAUUGUGAGCCUCUGAGUCGACUGUCUUGUCAUAUUAAUGGCAAUCCAGUUGAGGUGAAGACGAAAGAGAACAAGUGGAGUCUGACGACGGAGUACCCCGUGUCAGAACGUGACCGCACGUGGACACGGUGGUCCAGUCCUGCUUUGGUCCAGACAAUCAUUGUUAUUGUGGCACAGACAACGACUGGGCAGGCAGCUGGAAAGUUGAUAUUGCUUUAG